AUGAGGAAUUUCCUGAAUGCGCCUUCAAACGCGCUUCUCACGGCGCUUCUCGCUCUUCCUCAAUCCGUAUCUGCCUUCUACCUGCCAGGUGUUGCACCAACCUCCUAUAAACAGGGCGACAAUGUUCCCUUAUAUGUCAACAGCGUGAAGCCCGUCGCCGCUUCUCAAGACGCUCUUCUACAUUCCGUCAUGUCCUACGACUACUAUCAUGACCGAUUCCACUUCUGCAAACCUCCCGAACCCGACGGUCCCAAAUAUGUCUCGGAGAGCUUGGGAAGUAUCCUGUUCGGCGACCGAAUCAUGACUUCUCCCUUCGAACUACACAUGGCAAAGAACGAGACCUGCAAUACCCUCUGUGAUGUAUCAUACGAGAAGACGUCAGCGCAUUUCGUCAACAAGCGCAUCGUUCAGGGAUAUGCUUUGAACUGGUUGGUAGAUGGGCUUCCCGCCGGACAGCAGAUCAUCGACGAGAUCACUCAAACAACCUUUUACAGUCCCGGUUUCCAACUGGGUAGUGUCGAAACGACUGCCCAAGGCGCCAAGCCAGCUUUCAACAACCACUAUGAUAUCGUCAUUCAGUACCACGAAGUCGGGAACAACCCCAACCAGCUUAGGGUCGUUGGUGUUAUUGUUCAGCCUUGGUCGAGAAAGUACGCCGAUGGAAAUGCAAAGGCCCAGUGCUCCGAGGAUCCAGGCAAGCUUGGCCCCCUGGUUCUGUCCGAGACCGACAACACCGCGGUGCAGUUCACCUACAGUGUCUACUGGACCAAAUCACCUACAGCCUGGGCUACACGAUGGGACAAGUACCUACACGUCUUCGACCCCAAGAUCCAUUGGUUUUCUCUUGUCAAUUCAGCUGUCGUUGUUGUUUUCUUGGUCGUAACUGUAACUUCAGUGCUUUUCAGAGCUCUGAAGAAGGACAUCCAGCGAUACAACCGUCUCGAUUCGAUCAACCUCGACGACCUAUCUGGCACUUCUGCCCUCGAAGACGGAGUCCAAGAAGAUUCGGGCUGGAAGCUUGUACACGGCGACGUGUUCCGAACACCUUCGCAUCCUUUGCUGCUUUCCGUCUUCCUCGGCAAUGGAGUUCAGCUGUUCGUCAUGGCCGGCUUCACCAUUUGUUUCGCACUUUUAGGCUUCCUGUCGCCAUCCAAUCGAGGCUCCCUUGGUACAAUCGCAGUGCUGCUUUACACCCUCCUGAGUUUUGUCGGUGGCUACAUCUCAGCGCGGAGCUACAAAUCUAUGAAUGGUGACAAGUGGAAGCUCAACAUUGGCUUGACACCUCUCUUAGUCCCAGGUCUGGUCUUUGGCACUUUCUUUUUCCUUAACUUGUUCCUGUGGGCCAACCAAUCUGCUGGUGCGGUCCCGUUCUCAACUAUGUUGGUCAUUAUUGGUAUCUGGUUCGUCAUCUCGAUUCCUCUGUCCUUUGCAGGUUCUUGGUUCGGCUUCCGCGCUGCGGUCGUCGAACCUCCCGUCCGUACAAACCAGAUCCCUCGCCAGAUUCCUCCAACAACGACAUACCUUAAGCCGAUUCCCAGCAUGCUGCUUGUCGGUAUUCUGCCGUUCGGUGCCAUCUUCGUCGAGCUGUACUUCAUCAUGAGUUCCAUCUGGUUCAGCAAGAUCUACUACAUGUUUGGCUUCCUCUUCCUCUGCUACGGCUUGAUGAUCAUCACAUGCGCUGCUGUUACUGUGCUCAUGGUCUACUUUUUGCUUUGCGCCGAGAAUUACCAUUGGCAAUGGCGCUCGUUUCUCGCCGCUGGUACUAGUGCUGUGUACAUCUUUAUGAACGCCUUGAUCUACCUUCUGAGCAAACUAUCUCUGGGCGGUUUCGCAGGAAUUGUGCUGUACAUCGGAUACAGUGCACUGUUAUCAUUCUUGUUCUUCAUCUUGACUGGUUCUAUUGGUUUCUUUGCCAGUUGGUGGUUCGUCCAGAAAAUCUAUGGUUCCAUCAAGAUUGAUUAA